AUGUUUUGUUACGUCUUGUAUGCUGAAAAAUCUGUGAAGGGCCCUCUAAGAUUAUUUGUUACUGAUUUCACUUCAAGUCAGCAUAUUACAAACACUAGUUUCCCAAAGGACAUUGAAAUAGACGGUAGUUUUGUGAUUUACGAUGACAAAAUCUUAAGAAUUGACGUUUUUGAUGACAAGAUUGCUCUUAUAAGAAGAUUGUACACCGAAUAUUUUGGGACAGACUUCUUCGCAGACAUGGAAGAAGGAUUCGACUCUACAACACGUCGUUUCUAUGUACAUGAAAAGUUUUGGAUUAUUAAACCUGUAUUGUCCUUAAAAAAGUAUAACUCAACCACAGAGGCCAGAUUAAAAAGAGUUUCAUUUGUAUCCAAACAAGACACACAUCCAUCUCUUCAGAGGCUCUAUCAAAGAUUCGAGGAGCUUCCACAUAGAUAUUUACAUCGACAGCGUGAUAGAAUUAAUGCUGCGUUACCAAAAGAGUUCGUUUCGAAGUUCUUGGAUGGUGAUUCCUCACAUUUUUCUGGGCAGGAGGUCCAGCAAUCCCUGCAGAGACAGAUUAAAAGAGAGUCUGAUUCAGACGAUAUAAUUCCAGAUACUUUAUUUGCAGAGGACUAUGUGAACUCCGAUUCUGAAGCUAAUGCUAGUCAUCAAAUAGGUUGGGGCUCUGACCAUAAUAAUAAAGAAAGCAUUUAUUCAAUAUGUGCAUUAAAUAGUAUGUCUCCUAAUGGCUGUGACAAUAAGAUCUUUAAUAUCAUUGGAUAUAUAGUUGCAUCUUUCCCUGAAGACUGGUCUUACAUUUGCUCGAAGGGAUAUCAAUUGAAUACUAUCAAGGGCGAAUACGAAACAACUGAUCCACUCUUGAGGCACUUGGAAUUGCUCAUUACUGACGUUUUUCCUUCUAUCGAUUCUUCUUUGGCCUUGUCGAGCAAGAAUUCCCUCCUGAUAUUUCUCGAUGGGCCACAAUUAUCAGAGAUGUUGGGAUUACUGAAUGUUGAAUCAAUUUAUACUAGAAUCCAUAGCGCUAAUGAAAAGUUCCAUGAAAUAAGAAAUAUCCCUUUAAAAAUGGUGCUUUAUAAAAAGAAGUUGCAAAUUAGUCAGAAUAAGUAUUUGACAGUGUGGACAGCUAAGAACUUAAAACUAAACGUAAUAUGA